AAAGACCCACCGUGACCAAGGCUGAUUUCCAUACGCCGACCGGAGGCAAACACGCACAUCAUAGUGGGCCACCGGAAACUUAACCGGGCGCGAGCUUUUAGGGACCCCGGUGCCAUCCCGAUCAGCACAGAGAGAGGCCGCGCUCCAAAGGAGACUGUUGCCUCCGACGCUCUCCUUUCGAUCGGCUGCUUUCCCAUCUUAAGAAGUUACCGCCGUACUUGACGCGACAGCCUCGCGUAGACAAGACUGUCGUGCUGCGGGCUUCGCUCUGUGAUACCAUGGCGCGGGCGCCGGGCCGAAACGUGUUGGUUCUCCUGCUGGGAGCGACAGCGCUGCUCUCCAGCAUCCCCCAGACUGCUGUAGCGCUCAACGCCACCGAAAAAACGCUCACGACACUCGCUAGUGUCAUCAAUAUGGUCACGACAACACAGGCACCGGAACCGAACAUGCUGGAGCGCCUGCGCAAGACUGUUCGCGAACGCCUGGACGCUUCUUAUGACAGCAUGGCUGAACAAUUUCUAUCCGCCAAAAUGUCACCGCAGUGUGCCUUCAAGCUACUGAAGUUCGUCCACGGCUUGCGCAACUUCGAAUCAUGGACGCUACGAAUGAUCGAUGCCUCGGGCAAGUAUCCAACCGGCCUCUUCCAGGGAUCGCUGUCCGAUCUGGGCGCGUAUGACCAGUGCAUCGAGACGGUAAUCCAUGACGAAUACGGCGGAGAGAAGGUGCGCGCCCAGUACUGCAGCGUAUACAUUAAACUAGGAAAGGACACGUCCUUCCUGGAUCACUUGGACGAUGCCCUACGCCUCUCGCACAGGAGGACACCAACGUUUUCUAGGUACCAGAACGAGGAUAUUGUACAUGGCGUGAAAAUCGGGCUCUGUAUUGUCCACGAAUGCAAGCCAAAGGACAUCGAGGCCAUUGCUGGUGUCUUGAUCACAGGAGACACCAAGGUCACGGUGACGGACUGUGUCACGAACGAACCAACCGAAAUCGACACCACGCAAGCGGCUAUCAUUGGCGUGCUGGGAGUGAUUUUGUUUUUCAUGGCAGUAAGCACAGCCAUCGACAUGUACCUGAACAACACACGGGGAGAUGAACCACGAGGAACAGCGCUCACUGCACUUACCAGUUUCUCCGUGGUGGCCAACUCGAAGAUGCUGGUGAAGGUGACCGAAGACAAGCAGUCGGACGCGUACAAGCUGCGGUUCCUGCACGGAAUGCGCUUUUUCAGCAUAGGCUGGGUAGUACUCGGCCACUCAUACAGCACAUUCAAUUUCACCAACAUGGCGCGCCUUGUGAACGCUCUUCAUUAUGGAGAUAACAUCAUGUUCUGUUUCAUCAUGGCCGGCUACCUCAGCGUGGACACCUUCUUGUUCUUGGCUGGUUAUCUGCUGACAUAUAACUUGCUGAGGGAACGUUCCCACGCCCUGUUCGGUUCCAUCAUCGCGAUUAUUCGAAGAUACAUCAGGGGAACCAUACCUAUUGCAUUUUGUAUUAUGUGCACGUUCCUUGCACCACUCGUUUUCAAAGGUCCCACCACACCGACAUUGUACGAGUAUUUCUAUAACGAAAUUCGCACUCAAUAUUGGGCACUGCUACUUCAGAUUAGAAACUUCACCGGAAAUCUCCACAUCGGGAUGUAUGGUCACCUCUGGUACAUGUCGACGGACUUCCAGCUGUUCGUGAUAUCAGUUAUAGUCAUCCAAUUCUUCAAGAAAAAAAUAUGGACCACAAUCAUUGUGUUUGGGACCCUUUCCCUCAUUGCUUGCUCGAUUUCUGCCUGGCAAGUUUCAAAUACCAUCUACACGCCUUUUGUUCUUCCGAUGGCGGACAACUUUACGAUUAUGACCGGGACGUUGAACAAGUUUUAUACUCACCCGUCAUACCAUGGCGUCGCCUUUUUCUUCGGUGCGAUCACGCAGCUGUUCCUAUACAGGUAUCCCUCAAUUAAAAUGAGCAAGAUGCUCCAGGCUGGUAUGUGGUUGAUGAGCGCUGCGUGCGGUCUCACCGCCAUCCUGAUUAUGUACGACUGGAACCGUGGCGAGCACCCGCCUGAGUGGGCCAAGCUGUCAUUCGCCUUCUCUGAGAGGCUACUCUGGUCCGUCUGGCUCGCCUGGCUCACCUUUGCAUGUUCCACAGGACGGGGUGGCUUCAUCGCUAAGUGGCUAUCAUGGAGCGCGUUCGUGCCCUUCAGCCGGCUCUCAUUCGGUGUAUACCUGCUGCACGUGCCGUACUACUUCAUCCGGUUGAACGUCACCAGGGAGAGGAUAUUCUUCUCUCACUACACCAUGGUGACGCAGUACUUCGGCGCGCUGGUGGCGAGUUACCUGCUCAGCUACAUCCUAUUUGUGGCCUGCGAGGCGCCCACAGGCCGCAUCGAGAAGCUCCUGCUCAUGCCUAAGCGGCGGCCGCAGCUGCACGACGACAAGAGCACCGUGCCUUACGUGGAGGACAAAAGUGGCAUGCUCAAUCCACAAAUGUUGUACAAGCCCAAGGCGGAAACGGCCACCAAUGGCACUGCAGCAUCCCCCGGCCAGUCAAGUUACCUCUGAGCGUAGACUGUGCAGUCGAUGCCGUUUCACUGUAUUUAUCAUCCCCUUGCCGGGCCCCUUCGACUUGCUAAGCCCGUUUGGUGUUCGUGCACCAGGUGUGCUGGACGUCCGAAGGCUUGGUUGCGUAUGAGCAUAAAAGUCACUGCUGUGAUUGAGGGAGAUUUAAAAAAUGAUAAUGGUAGGUGUUUGUGUUUUGGGCAGAAAUGGCUUUGCAAAGGAACUUGAGUAUUUAUUCAAGAGCUAUGGAAAGCACGGUACGUUAUUUGAAAAAAAAAUAUUUACUGACUGCACAUCUGGUUGACGUGCUCCUCUUCCUACUAUGUCCUACGUUACGUCAAAUGUGUCAAUAUUUACUCAUUUCGUCACUGUUGUAACUCCUAAUUUAUGCCAUGUUUUAGCCGUCCGAACAUCUUGGGCGAUCUGUUAGGGAUACCUUCCUAGUGAACCACGAGAGGGCGAUCAUUAGCUAAGACUGUGUUGUUAGUACAAAUGGCAGCUUUGAGGCACAAUACCGCAAUAUAAGGCUGACGUGAAGGAAUACAUCUUUUUCAUCUCCACUUUUCUUCUCUCUUUUGAAAAAGAAAACCCGUGUUACGAGUUUUUUCUGCGAGAUAUUGCAUGAUCCAUAAAAUUCGAUGUCAUCGUAUCCAGUCUUUU